CCCGCACGCCGCACCAUGGCCGCGUGGCGCCUCCGCGGCGCCGGCACGGCCCUGGCCGCCACCUCCGCGCUGGCCGCGGCCGCGGCCGCCUGGCCGUCGCCGGCGUCCGCCUCGGACCCGUCCCCCGCGGCCCUCGAGUCCGCGCGGCAGCUCGUGUCGCGGGCCGGCUCGGGGGGCGGCCCGCCCCCGCGCGCCGCGCAGCAGGCGGCGCUGGCCGGGUCCACGGCCGCGGAGCCGCUCGACGUGCUGGUGGUCGGCGGCGGUGCCACCGGCUGCGGCGUCGCGCUCGACGCCGCCACCCGCGGCCUCCGCGUCGGCCUCGUCGAGCGCGAGGACUUCUCCUCCGGCACCUCCUCCCGAUCCACCAAGCUCAUCCACGGCGGUGUGCGUUACUUGGAGAAGGCAGUGUUCAAUCUUGAUUAUGGGCAGCUUAAACUGGUUUUUCAUGCUCUUAAGGAGCGCAAGCAAGUUAUUGAGAAUGCUCCCCAUUUAUGUCAUGCUUUGCCAUGCAUGACUCCUUGUUUUAACUGGUUUGAGGUUGUAUACUACUGGUUUGGUUUGAAGUUCUAUGAUAUUGUCGCUGGCAAAAGGCUGCUACAUUUAUCACGGUAUUAUUCUGUAGAAGAAUCAGUUGCACUUUUCCCGACCCUUGCAAGGAAUGAUGGUGACCGUAGCCUACGAGGAACCGUGGUUUACUAUGAUGGUCAAAUGAACGACUCUCGUUUGAAUGUGGGGUUGGCAUGCACAUCUGCAGUUGUUGGUGCAGCUGUUCUGAAUUAUGCUGAAGUGGUCUCCCUCAUUAAGGAUGAAUCAGGAGAGAGGGUCAUUGGUGCACGCAUCCGUGACACGCUAUCAGGCAAGGAAUUCGAUGCAUUUGCAAAGGUGGUUGUUAAUGCAUCAGGAGCAUUCUGUGAUUCUGUAAGGAAGAUGGCUAACAAUGACGUAGUACCCAUGAUCGCUCCGAGCAGUGGGGUGCACAUUGUACUUCCUGAUUAUUAUUCACCUGAAGGGAUGGGUUUAAUUGUCCCCAAGACCAAAGAUGGUAGAGUUGUAUUCAUGCUGCCAUGGUUGGGAAGGACGGUUGCUGGGACAACUGAUUCUAGUACAGCAAUAACAAUGCUUCCUGAACCACAUGAAGAUGAAAUACAGUUCAUAUUGGAUGCAAUAUGUGAUUAUCUUAAUGUUCAGGUGAGGCGUUCGGAUGUUCUUUCUGCAUGGAGUGGUAUUCGCCCAUUGGCCAUGGAUCCAUCAGCAAAGAACACGGAAAGUAUUUCUAGAGAUCAUGUUGUAUUUGAAGACUACCCAGGGCUAAUAACAAUCACAGGUGGAAAAUGGACAACGUAUAGAAGCAUGGCUGAAGAUGCUGUUAAUGCAGCAAUACGGUCAGGGAAUUUGAAGCCAGCAAAUGGCUGUGUGACUGAUCAUUUGCAUAUAGUUGGGGCAUAUGGAUGGGAUCCUGCUUCUUUUACUGUGCUUGCUCAGAAUUAUAAGCGAAUGAAGAAGACAUAUGGUGGCAAAGUUAUUCCAGGCGCAAUGGACAGUGCUGUAUCAAAACAUCUGUCACAUGCAUAUGGAACUUUGGCUGAAAGAGUGGCUGCAAUUGCCCAGAAUGAAGGCUUGGGAAAGCGACUUGCUCACGGAUACCCAUUCUUAGAAGCUGAGGUAGCAUAUUGUGCUCGCCACGAGUACUGCGAGUCUGCGGUUGACUUUGUUGCAAGGAGAUGUCGGCUUGCCUUUCUUGACACAGAUGCUGCAGGGAGGGCAUUACCCCGGAUCAUUGAGAUCUUAGCUUCGGAGCACAAGUGGGACAAGGCAAGGCGGAAACUUGAACAGCAGAAGGGUAUAGAAUUCUUGGAAACCUUCAAGUCAUCGAAGAAUGCACAGUUUAGAGAUGGGAAACAUAACGGGCAAUGACUGAAAACAUAACUACUGUGAAUAAGCGUGGGGUUGUACAAUUGCGCAAACCAGUUAUGUGAUUGAACUUCAAGAAAGCAGGCUCCAGUACAGAAAUUAUUCGAUGAAUGUGUUCUGGUUCCUGAUUAUCCUUUUGUUUUCCCUGUCUGCCCUGUGGUUACGUGCCAGAUUUGUAGUGAAAUAAGAUCAUCACCAUGUCAUAGUUGGAUAUAUAUGGGAAAUUAGCUGGGCUAAAUAAGGUGGAUUGGGGUCUCUGGAAAACCGGCAUGGAAACCAUGUUUAAUCAUCUUAUUUCUUCGCCUUUUCGGAACUGUUUUCAUUUUAAUUUUGUUAACCAGAUUUUCGGCCAUCUUAUGCAACUUCUUUCUCUAAUCAAGAAAUGCCUAACCUUGAAAUUCCUUA